AUGUGUACGACCUUUUUUUCUGCCCACCCAGGCCAAGAGACGGUAUCCAAGCCCCAGAACAAGGCUGAGGUGCGCAGACGCUACCUAAUGGAGAAGUAUGUGUGGAAGUGGAAACAGUUCACGAGGUCACGCUCAGAGGGCCUGUUCCCCAGGCUGCUCAAACUGGGACACAACAACUGGCUCAGACAGGUAAGGACACCCCCACUGCUCUUACAGCGUUGCAUAUUAUUACACCAUUUAUAUAUUUUUUAGUUAGGGACACUGUUACUGGUACUGUUCGGUUAUGGUACGUACACACCAGUGUACCAUAUACCCACUUAAUUUUUUAUUUUGUGGGCAUUGCGUAUACUCACUUCUUAAUACCCACGAUGUGUGUCACAGUCGUGUUAUGGAGGUCAGAAUGUUUAGCUUAAUGUUGAUUUAACUAUUAUUUCUUCACAUUUGUAAUAAGCACAGGAAUGUGCACACGGCAGUAGGCCUACGCGCAAAUGUUCCAAAAAUUGCAAUUUUCAGGAAAACACAGUUCUAAAAUGAACACUGCACACGCGAGAAGUUUCAUGGACAGAGAUGGAAAUAUUCUAAAGAUGCAACAACUAUCAUGGGUCGCUGUGUGACUAGAAUAAUGUCUGGCAGCUAGAAAUGAAAUGAAAAGACAUUCAGAGUGUAUGUCACUGUUUGUCAUAGAAUUUCACAGAAGGGCGCCUUUCCUUCGCCGGGCGGAACGUUUGGGAUUGUUUUGGGCAAAAUUAGAGUAUACCCACUUCUCCAGGCAACAGUACACCACCAAUACACACCAUUCAGCUUUUAGAUUUGAAAAGGUUUGGCCUCCAGAAUGGUUAAAUUAGACGCUGCACCUUUCAAUGAGACCACAUGGGGACUGAGCCUCAUGUAGCUGGGUCUAGACAACAGAUGGACUCCUCUCACUUUUUUAUAGCAUUUUUCACUUCCAUGCUAACAUUUCUACGGCUGUAAUCUCCUCUGUCUCCCAGGUGCUGUUCACCCCAGCCACCCAGGCAGCGCGGCAGGCAGCCUGCACCAUCGUUGAGGCCCUCACCUCCAUCCCCAGCCGCAAGCAGCAGGUGCUGGACCUGCUCACC